AUGUUCAGCACUGGCUUCAAAGCUGAUCACCUUCGGGUCAACUUGCAACUGGUUACCAGUCGCCUAAAACUUCUGGAAAAAAAGAAAACUGAGCAGGCCCAGAAAGCAAGGAAGGAGAUUGCCGACUACCUGGCUGCUGGGAAGGAUGAACGAGCUCGAAUCCGGGUGGAGCACAUUAUCCGGGAAGACUACCUUGUGGAGGCCAUGGAGAUCCUGGAGCUGUACUGUGACCUGCUGCUGGCUCGGUUUAGCUUGAUCCAGGCCACCAAGGAACUGAAUUCUGGUCUGGUUGAGUCUGUGUCUACACUGAUCUGGGCUGCUCCUCGACUCCAGUCACAGGUGCCUGAACUGAAAACAGUGUCUAAUCAGCUGUGUGCAAAGUAUAGCCAAGAAUAUGGUCAACUGUGUCGAACCAAUGAGAUUGGAACUGUCAGCUCUCGGCUAAUGUGCAAAUUAAAUGUGGACACUCUACCUCAAAUUCUAGUGGAACAAUACCUGAUAGAAAUUGCUAAAAAUUAUAAUGUGCCGUAUAAAUCCACAGUUAUGGCAGAAGCCCCAACAGACCUGAUCAGUACUGGAUUUACUAAGGAUGUUGGAAAAGAUGCUCUAGGCAGAGGAGAUGGUGUUGUAGCAGGAUGUAGUGGUCCACUUGGGGCAUCACCAACAGCUGUACCAGGACUCUUGCCUGAUUUAUCUCCAGCCUCCUGCUUCUCAGUCCUUCCUCCUGAGAGACAGCUCCGCCUACUUCAGGUGACCCAUCGGCUUCCUGGUAGCCUAGCCUACCCCACCCCACAAGCGGAACCAAUGUCCGUCAGCUCCGGGGUCGACCGGAUCUUUCUUGCUCAGACUCAUCGCAGCAGUGACUCGGCAGCAGCGUCUCGCGUCAUCAGUGUCAGCCUCGAACUUUGCUACGCUUUGCGUCGCUCUGUCAGGUGCAGUCGCCUCCUCCGUGGCAAAUAG